AUGUCUGCGAAGCAGGGAGCGAGCCUCAUUGUGUACACCAUGCUUGCGCUUGGUGCCAUUGGCUAUGCCAUUGAAUACCCUCAUCUCAUUGAGGAGUACAAGAAGAACCCGCCAUCAUGGAGCAAGUACGCCAAGACCAAGGCUGAGCACUGA